AUGGAUCCACAUAACCCAAUUGUUCUUGAUCAGGGUACUGGUUUCGUCAAAAUUGGUCGUGCUGGUGAGAACUUCCCAGAUUACACGUUUCCUUCUAUUGUUGGUAGACCCAUUUUAAGAGCGGAAGAACGUGCUAGCGUUACUACACCAUUAAAAGACAUUAUGAUUGGUGAUGAGGCAAGUGACGUUCGUUCCUACUUACAGAUAUCUUAUCCCAUGGAAAAUGGUAUCAUCAAAAACUGGACAGAUAUGGAACUACUUUGGGACUACGCCUUUUUCGAACAAAUGAAAUUACCAUCCACCUCCAACGGUAAGAUUCUAUUAACGGAACCUCCAAUGAACCCGUUGAAAAAUAGAGAAAAAAUGUGCGAGGUAAUGUUUGAAAAAUACGAUUUUGGCGGCGUUUACGUUGCCAUCCAGGCUGUGUUAGCAUUGUACGCACAAGGUUUGUCUUCAGGGGUCGUCGUUGAUUCGGGUGAUGGUGUUACACAUAUAGUUCCAGUUUACGAAUCUGUCGUUUUGAGUCAUUUGACAAGAAGAUUGGAUGUUGCUGGUAGAGACGUGACUAGGCAUUUAAUUGACUUGCUUUCUCGUCGUGGCUACGCAUUUAAUAGAACCGCAGACUUUGAAACAGUCCGUCAAAUAAAGGAAAAACUAUGUUAUGUUUCGUAUGACUUAGACUUGGAUACAAAACUGGCUAGAGAAACAACUGCUCUUGUGGAAUCGUACGAGUUACCGGAUGGGAGGACAAUUAAAGUGGGGCAAGAAAGGUUUGAGGCUCCAGAGUGUUUGUUCCAACCUGGUUUGGUCGAUGUCGAGCAACCUGGUGUGGGAGAACUACUAUUCAAUACCGUGCAAUCAGCCGAUGUUGAUAUUAGAAGUUCAUUGUAUAAAGCUAUCGUUCUUUCAGGUGGUUCAAGUAUGUAUCCAGGUCUUCCUUCAAGAUUAGAAAAAGAACUGAAACAAUUAUGGUUUAGUAGAGUCUUACACAAUGACCCUUCGAGGCUUGAUAAAUUUAAGGUUAGAAUCGAAGAUCCCCCAAGGAGAAAACAUAUGGUUUUUAUCGGUGGUGCUGUCUUGGCUAGCAUCAUGGCCGAUAAAGAUCACAUGUGGUUGUCGAAGCAAGAGUGGCUAGAAAGUGGACCAGCUUCAAUGGCUAAAUUUGGUCCAAGAUAG